AUGUCCACUAUCCAAACGACAGAUAAUACUACCACUAAUAACAAGGCAACCACUGCACUGCUCCGCCGCAUAAAGCAACCAUGGAAUGGGAAGUUGUCAGGUGGAUAUAUGGAUGAUAUUACCAUCAAUAUCCACUUUUGGGCUACUAUAGCUGUGGAGAGCUAUAAUCGUGCUGCUGCGCAACCCACACCUCAUGAAGGCAGGUUGGGGAAACAGACAGAAAGCGCACCUUUUUCGUCUGGGUUCUGUAUCACUGUUGAACAGUACCAUACUUCAGUUGGACAGGCUCACCCUCGCCUUCUGGUGUUACAAUUCCUCCAUUCUGGACUAUUUCGAGAACUCACUUCCUUGGGUUAUCAGGCUGGAAAUGAUAGGGCUCGGGCUCACGAUGCGGUAUCAACGCCCUCAGAUCAAAAGUGGAAGUUUGGUGCAAACCUAGGUCGUAACCUCAUGCGUUUACGAUGCAACCUGCAACGCAUGCGGCAAGGAUCAUUAGACCCUGGGAAGCGACAUGACCUACAUCGUGGCCAGUGGAACCACUGA